AUGUACGGCUACUGUCCCACGUGGGUGCUGGACUGGAUGCACCGCAAGGAACAGAUCCUCAAAGAGAUUGCCGUGCACGGGGCCGAUAUCGUGUGUCUGCAGGAGGUCGAGACCUCACAGUACCACAACUACUUCUAUCCUGAACUUCGGAACCUAGGCUACGAGGGCUUCUUCUACGCCAAGACCCGCCAGCGCAGCAUGAACGAUGAAGACCGGCAACGGGUGGACGGGUGCGCCACCUUCUACCGUACAGCCCGGUUUAGACUGGUUGAGGAACACCUCAUCUCCUUCUCCCAGCUGGCCAUAGCCGCGCACGAGGCCAAUGGCGGCAACGACCUACUCAACCGCGUCAUGCCCAAGGACAACAUCGCUGUGGCCAGCAUCCUGGAGAUUAGGGGGACCAAGCAGGCGCUCAUGCUGGCCAACAGUCACAUGCACUGGAACCCAACCUUCAAGGACGUGAAGGUGGUGCAGACGGCUAUGCUACUGGAUGAGCUGAAGCGUAUUACGCAGAACUCGCGCCGGUUCAAUAUACCGACCGUCAUCUGUGGCGAUUUUAACUCGCUGCCCGACAGCGGUGUGGUGGAGUUGCUGGCCAACGGUCGCUUGGAUACGUCCCAUCCGGAUCUGGGGAAUGUUAACUACGGCGCGUAUGCUGCGAAUAAACUGAGGCACAGCUACCACAUGUCCAGUGUAUAUAACGGCGAAAUGGACUACACAAACUACACAUUCGAUUUCAAGGGUGUGAUAGACUAUGUGUGGUACACCAACAAUCAUAUAAAGGUGAAAGCCUUGCUGGGGUCGGUAUCGAAAAAAUAUUUGGAGAACUUCAUGGGCUGCCCGAACCAACACUUCCCGUCAGAUCAUUUCCCCUUGCUCUGUGAGCUUGUUCUAAUGAAAUAAUGCGGACCUCGGACAUCCUGUAUUAAAGUUAUUGAAUGUAAAUAUGUAUGUGGCUGCUAAAUGAUAUAAAUGAAUCAUAUCGCAAUUGACAUCUGAC